CAAAUGUUAAGAAUGCAUUUUAUUUAAGUAGUAAUAAAUUUGAGAACAAUUAUACACCUAUACAAAUAGAUAUAAAUAUAUAAAUAAAAUUACAAUAUAAAAUAUUCUUUUAAUGUAAUAAUUAUAUUUCGUGAGUGUGCCAUAUUAUACAAUAUAAAUUAUUAGAAAAGAAUUUUAAAUUUCCCCACCAAUAAAAAUACAUAUAAACAAAAAAAAUUCUAAACAAUAACUUGAUACAAAAAAUGGCAUUAUCUAAUACACUUAGUCAAGAAUAUAGUUGGCAAGGAACAAAUCUACCUUUAUUUGGUAGUGAUGAAGAUAAAAGAGUUAAAAGGGAAUCUGGCUUACAAGAAGAAGCUUGGUGUUCAGUUUUGAAUACACAUUGUCCACGAUUAUUUGUCUGGAGAGUUGAGAAAUUUAAAAUUAGACCAGUUAAUGAAAAUGAUUAUGGUCAUUUCUUCAACGGUGAUUCAUAUAUUGUUUUAAAUAUAUGUUCAAAGGGUAGAGGACUUGGUUAUGAUGUACAUUUUUGGGUUGGAUCAAAAAGCACUCCAGAAGAAUAUACUACAGCUGUUUAUAAGACAGUGGAACUCGAUGCUGUACUUGAUAACCAGGCUGUUCAACAUCGUGAAGUUGAACAAUAUGAAUCAUGCUUAUUUAAAUCUUACUUUUCAUGUUUCCGCAUAUUGAACGGUGGCAUUGACUCUGGUUUCCGUCGAACAACUCCAAAUGAAUAUCAGCCAAGAUUGUUGCAUUUCCUUCAAGAGGGCAGAGGACGAUUUCAAGUACAGGAGGUGGAUCUUUCGAUUAAUUCAUUAGAUUCUACUGACGUUUUUAUUCUUGAUCUUGGUUCAAAACUAUAUCAGUGGAACGGAUCGAAAAGUAAUAAGGAGAAGCGUUAUAAUGCUGCUCGAUUCUUACUACAAGUCAGUAGUGAACGUAAUGGACGUUGUAAAACUGCUGUAUUAGAUGAAUUGUUUACAAAUAGCGGAGAUGAAUUCUUGCAUUAUUUACCAGAUAAACCAGUUUACAGACCUAAAAAGCACUGUGAAUCAACAAAAUGUAUUUACAAGCUAUCUGAUGAAGACGGUAAUCUAUCAUUUGAUUUAGUUGUGAAAAACCAUUUGCCUAAAAGAGCGGUUAAUGAAGAUGAGGUCUUUCUCAUUGAUGCAGGAUAUCAUCUCUUUGUUUACAUUGGAAGUAAAUGUUUACUAUGUGAAAAGCAAAAUGCUUUAUCAUAUGCACAUCAUUACUUAAAAAGCACAAAACAUCCAUUCAUUCCAGUCACUGUUAUUGGUUCUAAUCAAAGUUCAGAUGAACUCGAACGAGCAUGGGAUAGAGAUAGAGCUUCAAGUUAUCUACAAUAAAUACAAACAAACAACUAUUUAUUAUAUAACUGGAUUUGUAUGAAAUUAUUUCUUAAUAUUAUUGAUUAAAGCACACAUACACACACACAUACACACAAUAAUCCAUCAUUGCAUUAUUGUUUUUAUUCUUUGUAGUUAACUGAAGUAAUAUCUAUAUUUAAUGAUUACAGUGAUUUAGCUGAUAUUAGCUUAACUUCAAGUUUAUAUUUAAUAUCAAACUAUAUCUUCUUUUGUUUUGUUUUUCAUAAAUAGUUUAUGAUCUAGAUCAUACUUUCUUUUAUAAGUUCACGAUGAUUUUUCUUUUUUUUUCUUUUUUUUCCAAUAAUAUCUAUAUAUGGUCUUUUUAAAAAAAACAAAAACAAAACAAACAAACUCAUUUAGAUACUAUUUUACUGUUCUCUAAAGUAUUUAAUACAAAAAUAGUUUUUGUUUCUUUUUACCAUUAGUAUAAUACAAUUUUUUGUUUAUGUGUAAAUGAAUAUGUUUGAAUUAACAUUAGAAAGAUAUUUAACACUGAUUAAUACAUUAUUACAUAAUAGAUGAUUAAGUAGUGUUAAAUUAUAAUUCAUUUAAUUAGCUUUUCUAACAGUUGAAGAUUGAAUAUGAUAGAGUGAUUCAGAUCUAUCAUAAUAUAUAAUUUAAAUUAAUAAAUGUUAAUCCAUAUAAUG